AUGAAGCGUUUCUCGACUUUGGUCAGCCGAACAAACAAAGUGGACCAACUAAAAGCUGCAGAUAAACAGCAGGAAGAAGUGAUCAAGACCAUCAUACUGGGUCCUCGUGGAUCUGGUAAAACAUCGUUUUUGUACAGAACUUAUUUCAAAUACAAUGAAUAUCAACCAGAAGCCCAUUUUGAUGUGAUACCUACUCCAACACACAAUGUGGAGGUGAUACCCUACCAGUCCUACCAAUUCGAAUUAUGGGAUUUUGCAGAGAUAAGCUCAUGCCUAAGCUACCUGGAUGAUCAAACUCGAGCCAUUAUUUACAUGAUCGACUCGACAGCAUACGAAAAAGAAGCAGUAGCAUCAAAGUCAAAAGAAAACAUGAUCUGGUUACUGGAGACAUACCAAAAAAUGCUAAAAAAUACCAUCAUUAUCACUGUAGCAACAAAGCAAGACACACAACCACCGAUGGAUAUCCAAGAUAUCGGCAACUCUUGGGUCAAUGACAAAAUGCUCAUGAAUCUACUCAAGGGCCAUGAUUGGAGAGUAUUCUCGUGCAACAAUUUGACAGGUGAUGGUCUAGAUAGCAUUUUUGACUACGUGGCAUUGAAAGUGAAUCAAGUGCGAACAAGUCAACAAAGCUUGAAUCGACCUAUUUCGCUGCUAUCACCCACACCAUCCUUCAACCAGCAAAUUGAUACGAUCACACCAUGGGAUCAACUGCCUAAUCCACACCACUUUAACGAUCAGGAAUUUCACAUUUGGUUUCAGCAAGGAAAAGCAUUCUUAUUUUUCGACUACAUUUGCCUGAUUCGGAUUAUUUACCUGAGUAUGGCCCAGCAUGAAUCAAUGCAGCCCUUGUUUGAGCAGCUUGAAUACAACCUCUCGCUUAUACCCGACAUUGCCACCUUUAAAUCGAUAUCCUACUCGGAAACACAAACGUUAUUCUGGAUCCAAAUGGUAUCAUUUGCAUUAUUGAAAUCACCGCUCUUGGAAGGAGAGACGAACGAUUUUGAAUCCUUUCUGGCCAAAAGUCAAUUGGAUCAAGAAUGCUGGAGGACAUACUACAGCCACAAGCUGUUUCAUUCAGACAAAGCCACCAGGGAAUUCAUGCCACCAGAUAAGAAACCAUUGCCCAAUGCGUUUAGAUCGUCUUCAUUGAAUCUUAAAGGAAGUCAGUUGAACAUUAAUUACCAAGUAUUGUGA